UACUGUACUUGUUGAAGGAACUAUAUUCAUGAAGGACUCUUUUAUUCCUUCUAUUAUUUUCUUGAUUUAAAAUAUUACAUAACUCAAUUGAGAGUAGAGUACAGAAAAGUGCUUUGAUAAAAGAUAUAACAGUUUAUCAUUUUUGUUGAGAGUGUGCCAGACAAGAAUCAGCAACAAUGUCUCUCCGAGUGGCCUCAGGCCUGUACAGACAGACGGACAGCAUGCUGUACAGAGACAUGGUUGCUCCUGGAUAUAACUUUCAGGUUGAUGCCAUGGAGUCGGCCAGUGAUUCAGACUUUGAUGACUCAGAUGAAUCUCUAGAGCUCCUAACAGACUUUGACAACAUCGAUGUGAACGGUUUCCUGGGUCGAGCCAUUGCAGUGUGGUCCUAUAACAACCUUGAUUCCCUGCUGAUUUUCACCCCACUUCCUAACGACACACUGUGGCAUGUUACACAAUAUGUGGAGAGCAAGUUCCCAUUUAAUAGAAGCACGGAAAAGAUCAUGAUAAUGGAGCCGGGUGAGCGAACACCUCGGGAGACUAAAGAUAUCUACGAGUUACGUCAGGGUAGUGUUGUCAUGGUGAUGCCAAAGAAGAAUAUCAACCUCACAGUGGAAAUAAAUCAACUCAAACUCACAUUUCCAAUCAGUGCAGAUCUAAUGUGUACUGUGUAUGAAGUGAAAUCAUACAUUAAACAGGUCAAAGGAAUAUCCAUUGAUCAACAGGAUAUUCUAUUUAAGGAUAAGGUACUGGAAAAUUGCAGGCGCUUGUAUGAAUAUCGUGUGAAAAAUGCAGCCACUAUGCAUGUUUUGAUCCAAGUACACUUUGACCUUUUGAUAAACGUAGAAACUUUCUGGGGCAAGACCUACAGACUAUACAUAGACCGUUGUAGCACAGGGAGUGACAUCAUAUAUCGUGUGUUUGGCCGAACAUUCAGUAGACAUGGUACCAAGCAGGUUACAGUUCACGAGCUCUAUGUUCCCAUACACGUUCUCGUGUUCCAGCACAAUAGGAAGUCUCUCCACUGGGACUACUGUCUAGGAUUCUAUGGGAUAAAGAAUGCAGACACCCUCGUGCUCAAUACAGUCGGCAGACAUAACGAUAUGAACAUGCAAACACUGUUAGUCAUUACUGAGCUAGGAGAGAAUUUUGAGGUGAUGGUGUCACAGUUUGACCGCUGGUCAGUGGUGGCCUUUAUGGUGCAUGGCUACUCGGAUGUUCCUGUGGACCUCAUACGCCUGUACAAGAAAGAAGUCCAAAUGGACUUAACUAAGGUCAUUGGUUCUCAAGCAAAGAACACAGUGAUAAUGAUGAACAUCACCAUGACCAAUAUCGAUAAAGACAUGCUGUUUGGAAUACCUGUGAAAGUCUCUGUAGGCCAUAAUGUUAUUGAGAACUUGAAGAUAUUGCCAAGUAAAAGAGUGAAAGAUGUAAAAGAUCGUCUUGAAGAUGUGGGUGUUCCUAAUGCUUCAAUGUAUGAGUUGUGUACAAACAACUUCAAGCUGCCUGACCAUGCCUUGCUUCAACAUGUGAUCAAAGACUUUGAGAAAGUUCUUCAUCUGAAGGUCGAGAGGUACCCUGUAUUUCUUCACGCUCCUGACGGGGUCAUUUACAAAACCAUGGUGGACGUGAACCAAGAUAUGAAACAACUUCAUUACAAAAUAGAGAUGAAGUCAGGCCAUGCUAUCUCCAGCUGCAGACUGAUUAUGUGUGGUCAACAACUUAGACUUUCUGACAAUGCCAUCCUGUAUGAAAAUGGUAUUACCAUUAGAAAUUCAAUAUUCAUAGAAACAGCAUCCAUGUUCGACACAUUUUUCAUCACUAGUGGUCGCAACCUUAUCAAGAUGCGUGUUCCAGAGACGCCUACAUCUGACAUGAUCAAGCGGAGUGUGUGGACCGCCAGAAAUAUCCCAGAAGGAUCAAUCACUUGUUUACAGACCUUCCUGUUCUGGUUCUACUCACCGAGGGUUAACCGCAAGUUUGCUCUACCCAGGCGCCGUAAGAAGAGGAUACAUCUUCCUGCAGCCAAUGAGCCCCUGCAUCUUUAUUCUGAUCGGCCAGAAAAGAAGGAGCUUGUGCGUGUGUAUAACAAGACAGGACAGGAUAAUAAGAAGCAUAAGUCUGAUAUGUAUGUUCCAUCUCUGACCAAAGAAGCCACAAUGGAAGAAGAAACCGAGACACAGCGAACAUGGCCCAUAAGUCUUCAGAGACCUGUUCGACCAAAGAGGGAUGUUGAAGACUGGAUAAAUACCACAGUUUAUGAGCCAAAGAUAAACAGGCAGCAUAUCAGGACUCCUACAAGGAAAAAACCUGCUAGACAGGACCGCAAUCCUGAACCCCAGAAAACCAAGGGAAGGAUACCGCAUAUUUCCCACCACAUGGUUCCUCGCUGGAUCAAUGAGCUCCAUAAAACCGACACUCAGGGAAUUUUGGCAACUGACAGAGAUGGUACUGUUUACCGUACAAUACCAAAGCAAAUGCCAUAUGAUAAUAUGCUGCAGAACAACAAGUCACAAGAUAAAAAGAAGAAGAAAAAGGUUCAUAACCAAGGAGAUGCUACCACUGCUAAAUAUAUGCGGACAAAGAGAUACUUUGACAGACAAGAGUUAGUCUUUCCUGAAAAUGGUGAUUCUGAUGAAGAAAAUGUAUAUGACAGACCACAUAUCGUGCUACAUUAACUAAUAUUUAUUCAUUGAAACAGCAAAGAGACUAUGAAGUUAAUAACACUAACGAGUUCAAGCUAAUUUGUCUGCUUGCUAGUUUAUAAAGUGUUGUACAUGUAACAAAAUUCUUUGUUUUAUGCAAUGACCUUGCAAUUAAGUAUGCAUAGUU